CUAUGAUAAUAUUAUUUGGCAAAUGACCUAAGGUCAAAAACAAAAAUGGCGGCUUUUCAAAUGUAGCUGGUGUAAACAGAACCAAGAUUUCUUGUUAUUUCUGAUUGAAGAACUACUAACAAACACAAGAUGCCAAUCAAUUAUAAGGACAAUCAAAGAUUUGUUAUUCCACUUUUAAAUGAAGGGCCUGGAAGGAGAACUGGAUGGGAGCUUAAGAAAGAGGCUAGAAAAGACAGUGAUGGAUUUGAGAUUUUUGAUGACUAUUGGUCUGAUUCAUCAGAUCAAAGUUCAAUCUCUGCAGAUUCAACAGUCAGAUCAAUCAUAUCAACCAAAAGGAAGACAAUCUCAACUCCUAGUAAUAAAAGAAAGAGUUUACUGUUGAAGCCAAUGUCCUCAUUUUCGUCUGGUGGUUUAAGUACGAAAUCCAGUAAUGCUGAUAACAGCGCUAUUACCACCAAAGAAAAUACUGCGCAACAUGCGUCACCAGAUGCUGUACGAGAGGGCGACCCUAAUGGUAGUUUGUCAAUCAUAGAUACAAGCAAAGCUCCAAAUAGUGCAUUGCAGAGUUUUAAAACGAAAAAGAGAUUGACAUUUUCAACAGAAGAACAUUUAAAACAAGCUCGCAAUGAAGCAAAUGAGUGUGUUGAGGUUGAACCAGUAAUUACAAAUGUGGGAGCCAGGCACCAACAUGACGUAGACCAUAAUUCAGGAGAAGAAUUGAACAACACAUUGGUGGCUGAUGAAGCAAAUGAGCCUAAAGACAGUAUGGCAAAUGGAGUUGGGGCAUCAGCAGAUAAAGAUAAUGGGCAAGUUGAAAUCAAUAAAUUUCAAACUUCACCACAGGCUGAGAAAAUUAUUAGUGACAGGGGUCGGAGGAGCGUGGCUUUCAGGUCACAUACAGUAUCUGGUGACGUUCUUGAAACUGGAAAUUCUGAUGUUGGUACUGGUCCGGAGUAUAGCAGUUUUGUUUCAUUCAAGCACAAGUCAAUAGUAAAGAGCACAGAGAUAAACUUUGAAAAUGAUAAUAUUGAUUUAGAUACAGACAAUGAUGAUGAUGGUUUUGAUAUUGUUGAAGUUGACACUUCUGUGUAUACUCAAAGCUAUGGAAAUAGCAGGAAAAGUCUGGCGAAUAGUACAAAAAAUAGUAAAUCAGAAAGUGAUUGUGAUGGUCACAAUGACAAAGAACCUCUCAGCACUAGACGAGGGACCAGAAAGAACGUUACAGAGGCCAGCCAGCUGGUAAAUGAACCUGUUAAUAAGACAUCGAAGGCUGCAAAAAGUACUAAGAAUAGAAGUAGGACACAGAAGGGAAAUACAUCCUCACCAGCAAGCCAAAUGUGGGGUAUUGGUGAUAAGGAUGAUGAUGAAGAGAAAGAGGAGGAGGAAUUGACUACCAGCCAACCCAAACAAUCCUCAAGCUACAGAAACAAAGGAAAAAUAGUCACAGAAAAUAUAGAUCACGAAAUUGGAUCUGGCAUCAGUGAUGGAAUUAACAGAGACGGUAAAGCAGUUUUAAGUGCAAAGAAAACGGGAAGAACACGGAAAAAACAGGUUCCUUUACAAGAAAAGGCUAAAUCAGAAAUAAGGAAGAAACCAGGCAAGAAAACAUUUGAUGAAGGAAAAGAGAGUUUAUUGGAAAGUAAUGACUUGGAAAACAACAGUCGUGAUUCUUUAGUUGUUGAUAUCCUGUCAUUGGAUGAUGAUGAUGAUGAUGACGUGGUGGACAACGACACUGGUGUGUAUACUAACAGCCAUAAAAUCAGGAAAUCUGGAAGGCUGGCAGAGAGUAGAAGGAAGAGUAAGCUGACAUCGGGAAGCGAGAGUGGUGGCAUAUCUGAUGGUGAGAAAGUCACAGUCAGCACUAAGAACAAAAGAAGAGUGGCAAGAGCAAACAAGACUCAGGCUAGCAAGCUGGUGAGUGAAUCUGAAACAGACACAGCAAAAAAUGAAAAGAACACCGGAAAGAGUAAAAAUGGGACACAGAAGGAAAAUGUAUACUCACCAGGAAGGCGAAAAUCAAAUGAGGAUGAUGAUAAGGAAGAGGAGGAGGAGUUAAGUACCAACCAGCCAAAACAAUCUGAAGGCUACAGAGACAAAGGAAAAACAGUUGAUGAAAUUCGAUCUGAUAUAGAUGAUGGGAAUGACAGAUAUGGUAAAACUUUAAGUGUAAAGAGAACGGGAAGAACGCGAAAAAAAAAAGAGCCUUUACAAAAAAUGGCUAAAUCAGAAAAAAGAAAGAAAUCCGGCAAGAAAACAUCUGACGAGGAAACAAGGUAUUUAAUGAAGGAUGAUGACUUGAAAAGCAAUGAUUACGAUGAUUUAGUAGUCAAUUCUGUGCCAUCAGAUGAUGAUGUUGUGGACAUUGACAUUGGUGUGUAUACUAACAGCCAUAAAAACAGCAAAAAAUCCGGAAGUCUGGCAAAGAGUACAAGGAAGAGUAACUUGACAUCAGGAAGUGAGAGUGGUAGCAUAUCUGAUGGUGAAAAAGUUACAAAGAACACUAAGAACAGAGGAAAAGGGACCAGAAAAAAUAAGACCCAAGCUAACCAGCUGGUCAGUGAGACAGGAAAGACUACAAGGACCACUGCUAAGAGUACAAAUAAGACACAGAAAGAUAAUGCGUCCCGACAGGCAAGGAGAAAAUGGUACGAUAUUGAAGAUGAUGUGGAGGUUGAGGAGGAGGUGUUACAAGAGAAAGAGGUAAAUAACAACCAUCCAAAAAAAAGGAACAGAAACAAAAAAAAAACAGACACAAGGAUUAUGGAUGGCAUUGGUGAUAGUGUUGAAGAGGUGGUUGGGGAUGAGGAGAACUUAGAGGAAUUAAUUACCAAACAACUAAUGAGAAGUUCAGGCCACAAAAACCAUACGAAAAUGGUCACUGGAAAUAUGGAUGAUAAAGUUAAUGACAAAGAGGUUGAAACAUUAUUGAGUGUAAAGAGGACAGGAAGGACCAGGAAAAAACAGGAACCUUUGCAAGAAAAGGCUAAACCAAAUUUGAGGAAGAAAUCUGGCAAGAAAGCAUCUGAUGAAGAUACAGAGAAUUUGUUAGAAGAUAAUGACGAUCAUGAUGCCUUAGUAGUUGAUACUAUGCUAUUGAUGUCUUCAUCAAAAGGAGGCCCAAGGCAGAAAUCCAAAUCAAAGCAGUUACAGGAGACUAGUACUGGUGACAUUGAGCAUGAUAUUGAGCUAAAAGUUACAGAUGAUGGUUUCACUGAAACAUCAAUACACAGACGCAGCACUGCUAAGUCCUUAAAUAAUAGUAUACGCGAUGCAAUCACUGAACCUGCAACAAAGGGCGGUCGGAAAAAGAGGAGCAAGUCGCUGUAUAAUCCAGAAAAUAGUAUUUUUGAGAGGCAGGAAAACGAUGAUGGUACAGUAAAGAGUGCAACAAUGAUAACAGGGUCUGAAAAUAAAAUACAAGUGAAAAAAAAGAAUCGUCAGCGGAAGUCAACUGUGAGGUUUAGUCUGGAUGAGGAGUUACAUUCUACCAGUCCUAGGAGAUCAGUCGCUAGUAAAACCUUCAGUGCAUCCUCGCAGGCAACAUCAACUGAUGAUUAUGAUGAUGAUGAUGACUUUCCACUGCAGAUCACCAAAUCAUCUGGGUUGCACCAGACUGAAUGUGCAGAUGAUCUGGAUAGAGCCUUAGAAAAUGAUGCCAUGCCAUCAACUAAGAAACAACCUGUCAAGCGUAAGAAGAACGCUGAAAUCUUCGAAACAGGUGCCGAAGAAGAUGGUAAUGAAGAAAACUCGCCAACAGCAAAACAUGUAAAAAAAGCACUUAAACAGAAGUCUCCUAGUCCAAAUACACGGCAGAGAAAUAGAGGUGGUGGAAAAGCCUCAUCAUCAUCAACAGCUGUAAGUUCAGAGGAAGGAGAAUUGAUAAAGAAACCCAGAAGAGGAAAUUCACAACGAAAAACAAAACAUGUAAGAAAAACACUUAAACAGAAGUCUCCUAGUCCAAAUACACGGCAGAAAAAUAGAGGUGGUGGAAAAGCCUCAUCAUCAUCAACAGCUGUAAGUUCAGAGGAAGGAGAAUUGAUAAAGGAACCCAGAAGUGGAAAUUCACAACGAAAAAGAAACUUUGACCAAACCGAUCUAUUGACUCAUUCUCAAUUUGGCGUAGACGAUGUGUCAAGGAGUUUUACCCCGGCAAGAGUGCCCUCUGACAGUACACCAAUCAAAUCCAUUUUGAAAAGUGGGGGACAAAGAAAAACUGGUGACAGUAAUGUAGAAAACAAUGCUAAUUUGACAAUGAAGUUUUUUGAGGUGCCGAGGAAAAAAGCAUACAUCAUUGAUCCUCCUGAAAUGAUUGAAGAUGGCGUACGCCGAACCAAAAGACAUCGCGUGAAACCUUUGGAAUACUGGAGGAAUGAGAGGCCGAUCUAUGAGAGACGUAAAUCGGGUGGUUUUUCUCUGUCGGGUAUUCAAUCGCCUACAAUACCAACACCAUCUCCACCCUCUGUUAAACCAAGAAGAAAACGCAAAGUGAUCCCCAAAACGCCUCACAAUCUCUCAGUUCAUACUGAUCUCUCUGAUGUGGAGUUGGAAGAAAAAGUAAACCCCACAGUAACAGUUAUAAAUCCAAGCAAUGACGAGGAGGUUGAAAUUGAUGCCAUAGUGACAGGGGAAAUGAAUCAGUUCUAUGGUCCAAACGGUAAGCCGUCAAAAAAGACUGACAACAUUUCAAUAUGCAAGAGUUUAUAUCAGAAGUCGUUUUCUGCAGGAGAAUUAAUAAUUCGUCCAUUACAAGAGAAAGGCCUUCAGUUUGUACGUAAUGAUACAGUUGUGUUUCGGGUGUUGCGUGGCAAGGUCGCUGUUCAGAUUCAUGAGACUGUAUCGGUUCUGGAAUCAGGUGCCAUGUUCUUCAUCCCAAAAGGAAAUGUAUACAACAUCAAGAAUCUCCGAAAAGAUGAGGCCAAGUUGGUUUUCAUUCAAGUGAAAGGCUCUAUUAAACCAUGAAAAUGUCAACUCAUCGUUUAGUAGCAACGAAUUGGAAUCGGUAAAUUAAAUCAUAUGACACCUAUGCAUCAUACACUGUCACAUUUUUUCAGAAAAUGUUUGAACAGACAUUGAUAGUGUAUUCUUCUUUCAGACAUAUCUGAUCAAAUUGUUACUAUUGUACAUGGAGUUAGUUUAAACCAGGAAUACAUUAUCAGAUGUAGUCAGACGUAUUAGUUUCAGACGUAUUUGAACCACCAAGUCGUGUAUCUUUCCAAGUAUACUGAAAGCCAGAAAAUGUCUGAUCAAACAUUGUUUACUGGUACUGAUGCACAAACCCUUAGUCUGAUCGUGCAUGCCCUGCCUUAAGAUAUAGACAUAUUUUUUGUGAUAGAUUUUGGUAUUUCCUUAAUAUGAAUAUGAUGAUGUCAUGUCACAUCCAUAUAUGAAGAAAUCAAAGGUAUUUGUCAGAUAAAACUUAUUGGUGUCAACAGAUAUGUCAAUCUUAAAUGAAAAUGUUAAUACAGUAAUUUGUCUAUGUACAUUAAUUUGUACAUUAAAAUUAACUUGACUUGUUUGCUAUAUCGUAUUUAGAUUGGACAUUAUCCAAUGAUUCAACCUUAUUUUAUAAAGAAUUUUAUAUAAUUGUAUUUUUUUACAAUUCAUGCUUCAAAGCUGUAAACUCUUUGUUUAGUUAAUAACAUUAACAAAAGUUAUAGUUAAUUUACUGAAAUUGUAUAUUCACAUUACCGUAAAUGCUCCAAUAAGCGCCGCUCUGUGGAAGCAAACGCAAACGUUCGGGUUUAAAGGGUUAUGGAAUGCUCCCUCUGAACUGUUUUUUUUUUUUCUGAUGCGUAUAAUUGUUUUGUUUUUCUUUCCAUUCGUUCAUGUUCUGUGGAGUGUCUGAUUUCUUUUACCCUUUUGAUGUAUUCUUCUGUUAUUCUGAAUAGUUUUGCUUUGUAAAUUUUUUCAAUGUAAUAUUUUUUUGAGCUCGAAAUAAAAACAAACAAACUUGAAUAAGCGCCACACCAAGCUUAAUUUUUCGUUAAAGUGCUGCUCUCAAAUAAGCGCCACGGCACGCAAUCGAGAAUAUAUAUUACCGUGUGUGUAAUGAAACACUUUAAGAAACAGGGUUUUCAAUACAAUAUAUAGUGUUAAAAUGAAUAAAUAACACAGUGAAGACAAGCAUUUCUUUAUAAACAUUUAUUUAUGAUGAUAGGACCUAUAAUAGGCCUACCGAACUACGUGAAUACGUGAAAUAGGCAACAUAGGAAUGGGCGUGGAAAGCGCAAAGCCAAUAUUUUUUAUAAGCACCGCUCUCGAAUAAGCGCUGGACUGAUGCUUCCAAGAAUGUUAUAGCGCCACAGCACUUAUUCAAGCAUUUACAGUAAUGUCUUCCAAGUCUAAAUUACAACGAAAAUAUAUUUUUGAUGAUCAUUAAACUGCUGAGACGCACA